UCCAUUUCUAGGCAAUCUUGCAAAGCUUCGAGGCAUGUGGGAAGAAUGUCGACCACAGUUUCAAUUCAGUGAAAAAAUGGCUAGACUUUUGGAUGCCUUGUAUCAGACAAAUUUUAUGGAAUUGGAAUCAACUUCACGUACACCACAGAUCUCAUAUAUGGAAGCCUCUGCAUCAUCAUUUGAGGGUCAUGUCCAAGUGUUUAUUGCAAGUUCAGCAGAUUCCUUCAACUCUCUUUUUGUUCAAAUGGGAUUGUGCACCAAAGUAGACUUAUUGAAAGAUAAAAUUCUGCAGGGAUGGAGUUAUGGUGGGUGGGAUGAUUCUCAACUACCUGGCAAUCAGUAUCCUAAUUGGUUCAUCUACAAGGGUGAAGGAUGCUCAGUAAUUUUUAAGGUUCCUCUUGUCAAAGGUUGUCGCUUAAAAGCGAUGCUUCUCAAUGUUGUGCAUUCUUCUUGCAUGGAUAACACAAUGCCUGAUCAAUUUCUCAUAAGUGUUCUGAUCAUCAACCACACGAAGGCUACUGUUCAACAUUAUAAAGGAGACUCGAUAACUUUCCAUGAAGAUGAACAAUGUCAAAGUAUCAUUUCAAAUAUUCAACCUGAUGAUUUAGUGGAACUUGUUUUUAGUAUUGGGCCUCAAUUUCCUGUGAAGAAGAUUGCAGCAUACCUAAUUUUUGACGAUUCCAAACCUCGUAGAUUAUUGAAAUAACAUUUGCAAUAGUUUGUUUCUAUAUGAAUCAAAGCCUGGGCACUUGCCCAUGUAAUUGUGGUUGUUGAAAGUUAUGGUAUGUUGGACAA